ACAUUACAAUGUCAAACGUCAAAAAUUUUCGACCUCGCUGGUUGUUCUGUGAUAAAAAAAAAUCGUAGUUUUAUGUUUUUUCAUGAACCUGUGAUGUGGCCUUAUGAACUGUAAACUGUUUGAGUAGUUUAUUGUUUUAGGAUGUGUAUAGAGUGCCGGGUUCUGACGGAGGUUUUGUUUGUCCAGUGCGGUUAGUGCAUUAGUGUCAUUGAAAGUUCAAGAUGCGUAUCGGUUUCGUUGUAUAUUGGUGCGUAUUUGCUCUUCAUUUGUGCAACGCGGACGAUGUUGAGAGGACAGAGCCUAGAGAUGGUGGAAGAAGAGAGAAAUGGGGCCCCGUGUCGAGGAGCGGCUCGUUUACCAGCGAUUCGCCGGCCUCGGUGUCUAACGAACAGAUACUGGUGGAGGCGUGCAACAACGACCCCUCCUGCCUGCAGGACCGCGCCGGGCUAGACGCGAUCACUCAGCUCCACAAACAAUUGGACGACGACGCGAACGGUAACGUGGAUCUCAGCGAGAGUGAUGACUUCCUGCGCGAAGAGUUGCAGUAUGACAGCGGGUACGAGAAGAGACAACGGGCCUUCCACCACAACGACGAUAUGCACAUAUCUGUCAAAGAGUUAUGGGAGGCGUGGCUUAGAUCAGAGGUGCACAAUUGGACAGUGGAGCAGACGGUGGAGUGGCUCUCCCAGUCAGUGGAUCUACCUCAGUACAAAACGCUGUUCCUGCAGCACAAAGUUACCGGUGCCACAUUACCCAGAUUGGCUGUGAACAAUAUGCAGUACCUGAGCAACGUGCUCGGCAUUAAGGACCCCAUACACAAGCAGAAGCUUGCCCUCAAAGCUAUGGACGUGGUGCUUUUCGGACCUCCGAAAGAAGGCAGCAGAUGGAAGGACUGGCUGCUCGCGUCUCUCAUGCUGGGCGCGGUGGUCGGCGGCUGGGCGGCGUUGCGAGCUGGACGCGCGAGUCGCACGCAGGUGCAGCGCAUGUUGCGCGACAUGGAACAGCUGCGCAAGGCGGAGAUGGCGCUGAACGACAUGCAGAAGGAGCUUGAGAAAGCACGUUUGGAACAGGAAAACGUGACAACAGAGAAGAAAAACUUGGAGAAGAAGUUGAGGGAAGCGGGCGACACGCCGCUGUUGAACUCCGCCACGUCGGAUCUGGAGGUGACGCAACUCAAGUCUGAAAUAGAGAUGUUGAGGGCAGAACUCCGCCGCGCUGAAGGCGAGUUGGAAGACCGAUGCUGGGCGCCGCCUCCAGGUCUUCAGCAAUGGCUGCAGCUGACACACGAGGUCGAGAACAGGUCGUACCUACGCAAGAAGCAGCAGGCGGACCUACAGCUUCAACAGGCUAGAGACGCGUGCGAGAAGCUACGUAAGAAACGCUCUUCGUUAGUGGGUGCGUUCGUGUCGACCCACGGCAAGUCGAUCGACGACGUGGACCGCUCCAUCGUGGAGGCACGCACCGCCCUUAACGAGGUCACGCAGGAGCUGCAGGAGCGAAUGCACAGAUGGAAGCAGAUCGAGCGUCUGUGCGGAUUCAACAUAAUCAACAACAACGGCUUGCAGUACCUCGAGACGGCGCUGUACAGGAACGUGAACGGCAGGCCCUCGGGGAGACCCCGCAUGAGCAGCUCUCAAGACGACCUGAGCAUCGGCGACGACACGUCCCUCUGCGGCUCAGUUGCGGACAACUUCGGAUGGCGAGAAGACUCGUCGGGCAGUGAGGAGCCCGACUCCCCACACUAUCCCCUGGACCUGAGACUUGCUGAAGCAAGGUUGCAGUUAGAAGAGCGUCUGGCGCAGGAGGCGCGCGAGCGGCGCCAGGAGGAGCGGCGCCAGGAUGAGCGACGUCAGGACGAGCGGCGUCAGGACGAGCGGCGCCAGGACGAGCGGCGCCAGGACGAGCGACGUCAGGACGAGCGACGCCAGGACGAGCGACGUCAGGAUGAGCGACGCCAGGACGAGCGGCGCAUUGAUGACAAGAAGCACUCCGCUGAAGAGCUCCGCUCUAAGAACUCGUACAAUGACGUCAGGAAAUCGCCUAUCGAUGAGCGGCGCAAGGACCAAGUGCAGUUCAUACUCGGCGGCGACAAUGUGAACUGGACGGGCGAGGACUUGAGCCGCGCGGUGCACUCGCAGCCGCAGCUGCGCGCGUCGCUGCGCGGGCCGCUGCCGCCGCCGCGCCGCCCCGCCUCCUCCGGACACAUCGUGCGCUCGCGCAGCUCCGACCUCGUGCCCGCCGGCCUCGACGACCCGCGCGCGCCGCCGAGGAACCCCUUCACACGACAGAAGCCGCUGGCUGAAGACGUUCGGACUCCAUCCAGCAAUACGCCGCCCGAGGAGGAGUCCACGGACUCGUCCCUAAUGGACGACGAGGGAGUCCCGAAGCCUCGCAAGCGUCGCAUCCACCUCCCGUUCGGUAAAAAAACGAAGACGCCCGCGUGACGCUCACCCACCAGUGUAACACGAACUCUACGCUGUCCGCACUGUCUCGGACGUGAUUGUUUUAGGGAUAGCGGUUGUCACAACGCGGGAUGCCGUAGGCGGUUGUAGUUUUGUAAUAUUAAGGCAGUCCGUAAACUACGUCAUACAAGGGGAAGUGUUAUCGUGUGACAAGAAGAGACGAGUCAUCAUUUGUGAUAUGUUUACUAAAACUGAACUUUUACGACAUACUUAAAUAUCUUUUAUUUAAAUUCCAGUGUGUUACGUCAUACUAGAGCGCACAUAAAAGUGUGAUAAAGGUGAAGGCAGGCUUCAAUAAUGAUACGUGUGACGUAAUUUAUGGAUGGUCCCUUGUAAUAAUAGACAUGUGUUGUCACUGCGCUUGUGAAAAGUAUCGACAAAAUGAUGUGUUUUAAUGAUCAUGUCUUCCGUUGUAUUAUCGAGAUUUUAUACUGAAACGUAACUACAAGCAAUACAGCGUGUACAUAUGUAAGUAAUUGUAAAGUAAUAAGAAAAUAAAUAAGUGAGCGUCCUUAUGAAUGUCGAUUAAUUGUAAAAAUUUUGGGAUUUUGUACUUUAAUGUAUCCAGUAGAAUAUACUUUCAACUUAAAUUGUAUUUUGUAUUUUGAUAUAAUAUUAAAAUGUAUGAAUAAUAUAAUUAUGAAUACAUAUUUUACUAUUUAAACUAACAAAUUACAGUAUAGCUGCUUUGAAGUUGGUCACAAGUGGAAGGGGGUACUGUGGCUGGCUAAUUCAAAACAGUUUUAAAACUGUGCAUUAUACGGUCUAAGAUUCAUGUAGCUAAUUGAAAUGUAAUUUAGAAAUACUUAAAUUAAAAACUUGAUAAAAUUGCAUAAAUAUAUUUUAUAAGUAAUACAUUUGUAAUAUUUUUAGUGCACGUUAUAUUGACAAUCGAUAUUCCACUUUACGCGUGCGUCGUGACAACACAAAAAAUAAAUGAAAUCUCGACUUAUCUCGGCGUUUCUUCUCGGUUGUAUUAUUUUCGACUGAGUUGUUUUAAGUUAUUUCGCUUUUUUCACCUCCCUCUACGGUUGCAUAUUAUAUUUUCGCACGUUUGUAUUGUUUGAAUACACUAUAUUUAAGCUUUAUUUUAUUUGUACUUAACAUGACAUUUGUCAUUUUAUCAUUUACCUUUAACGGCUGAUUUCAAUAAGCGAUCUCGAUCGCUUUUUCAGUCCAUCACGAAAAUGGAUCAAUCAGAACAAAGUAAUUUUUACAUGUUUAUAAAUUACUUAGUUUUUAUUGGUUUAUUCACGGGAUUGUAUCAAUGAUUAGAUUGGAAGCGUUUAUUGUAAACGGCCGGAAAAGAACCUGGGACGAGGGCAUUUUAGUUUUCAUUUUUUGUUUUCAUAUCUAUGUGCAUCAUCAUAUACGUAUCUGCAAAAUAAUCGGACGUGUGAAAUUUGUCACCUGUCUACAUUUACGAUUUGGAAAAAUAUUUAUUUUUGUAUAUAUUGGAGUGUUAUUAAUAUACAUUUUUACGUUUUCUAUAUUAACAAUAAUAUAAAUUACAAUACGAAAUUUUACAUUUGGUUGUGAACGGAUGUAAUCGCAUCAGUAUAUUUAUUUAUAUUCCCGUUAAGGGAAUAUAUAUUUUACCGUUAUUACUUGUAUAGUAGUUAUACAUCCAUAAGUCGAUAGAAUCAAGUCUAUAACUGCCUGUAUGUGUAUUAUUUCCUUUGUGUAGAUUUCGAUUUUUAUACUAACUUACAUUGUGUAUGAGCAUCAGAGUAUUUUUCUUCGUUUAAUUAUUAUACACCACGAUAAAUAUGCGGAAAAAAAAGCAAUAGUUUUAAUGUGCGAAUGAAAGCGUGUUGGCGCAGCGUUAGUAUUUUGUCUCCCUCGCACGUCUUCAACGCAUUGGAAGUGACGUCAGUAUUGAAUUAUGAUUGCUUAUUUUAUUAUUUGACCAUUUUACCCCCAAUAGAGUUGAAAUACAUCUAUAUUUUUUAUUCUUGAUUUAUAAAAAACUAUUAUUAUUAUUAUUAUGUAAAUUUUGUGUAAUUUUUAAAAACGAAGUAAAAUACUCUAUUAUAAUUAUUACGAAGUUAGGUUAAUACGUUCAUUACGCGUGGUGUUACUGCGUAUACGUAAAAUAUAAUACCUUUGCAAAUGUGACGUAUAUUGUAGAAAAACAACAAAUAUGACCGAAAA